UCGUGUGCGUUCUCUCCCUCCUCUCUUCUCCGGUUCGCCAUUACACACCUACAAACAGAACUCUAAAACCCAGUUACCUACGGCCACCCAUGACUGGACGAGUGACAACCCACACCACCCACCCCUCGCCGGCAUCUCUCACCAGUCGUGUGUUGCCACCCGUCACUGCUGUUUACUGAGAAAACUCUAAAAUCCCUAAAACUCAAUUUGUUGUUCGCCUAUUCGCACUUCGCAAGGCCACUACUGGCUGCUACUGCUGCCGUGAACCAGUGAAUCGUGAAGUCAAGGCCACCAGGCCCAUAAACGCCGACGGCCCACCUCCAAACCAACCCACCUUCAAUUCCAUAUGUAUAGUUGAUGAACAUGAGUUAAAAAUCAAAACUUUCCUAAUUUACCCCUUUGUUUCUCCCUUCAUUUUUUUUUGUUAUUUUUUUAUUUUGAUUUUAUAAUUAAAUUAAAUUUAUUAAUACAGAGUUAAUUAAGUAAGAAAAUAAAAAAAAAAAAAUUCAAACUGAAAUUAAUAAAAUAAAGAUAAAAAAUUUUCAUAAAAUUUAUUUCAUAUAUUGGUGCCCUGAAGCGUUUGAAGUGUGGAUCCGCCCAAUGAAGUAGGAAUUGUUGGUCGGAGGCAAUUCAAAUCUGAGAAAUCCCAAUUUUCCCCAACAUGCGGUUAACGUCUGCAGAGAGGAAUGGGGUUGGAAAUGUAUUCAACAAGUUGAUAAAGCAAUUGGGCAAUCCUGUGGAGUUUAGACUUCCUGAUUGGAUAAAUAAACGCCAGACGGCUCCUUAUGUUUUUAUCAAACGCAUUAGCCAAGAUAGUUCAAGAGCUUUAUACAAAUCACUAAUGCAUUGUUUGGAUAACAAUUUAAGAGGGAAAGGAAUGAAAGAUAUAUACGUUACUAAGAAGCUUAAGAGGCGUCAUGAGGAUGAUGGCAUCUUUUGCUCGUGCAAUCAGUCUCCAGGAUCUAAUACUUCCUGUGGUAGAGACUGCCACUGUGGGAUGCUACUUUCUUCCUGUUCAUCAAACUGUAAAUGUGGAACUGGUUGUGUUAACAAACCAUUUCAGCAGCGUCCUGUGAAAAAGAUGAAACUAGUGCAGACUGAAAAAUGUGGAUCAGGAAUUGUGGCUGAUGAAGAUAUUAAGCGAGGGGAAUUUGUCAUAGAAUAUGUAGGAGAAGUUAUUGAUGAUAAAACUUGCGAAGAGAGGUUAUGGAAAAUGAAGCAUAGUGGUGAAACAAAUUUUUAUCUCUGUGAGGUCAACCGGGAUAUGGUUAUUGACGCCACAGAAAAGGGGAACAAAUCCAGAUAUAUCAAUCACAGUUGCUGUCCCAACACGGAAAUGCAGAAAUGGAGCGUGGAUGGAGAAACAAGGAUUGGUAUAUUUGCCACACGUGACAUCAAAAAGGGCGAGCAUCUGACAUAUGAUUACCAGUUUGUUCAAUUUGGUGCAGAUCAAGAUUGUCAUUGUGGUGCUUCUGGCUGUAGACGCAAACUUGGUGUCAAACCUAAUAAGAAGAUGCCUUCAUCUGAUGCUGCGUUGAAACUUGUCGCACGCCAGGUAGCAGAAUCAUCUUCCAAAGUGAAAGCAAUAUUAUUGCGAAAAAAUGCUCGGAAAUUGCGUCACUCGAUCUCAAAAAACUUAAUUUUCGCUGUACAAUUUGCUAAUAUUUUGCAGGUUUUUAUUGCUAAUAUUUUGGCUGUACAGUUUAUUUCUAAGUUUGGUUUUGAAAUUAUUAUUGAUUUAGAAUGUUUUAAGUAAUUUUCUAUGGAUUUUAGGAACCUAGACUAAUAAAGGUUUAGAUUAGGGUCCAAUUAGGGUCUAUUUUUUAGACCCUAAUCUCACUCACGAAAUACUUUUAUAAAUUUUUAGGGUAUGGGUCUAUACCCUGAGGGUCCAUGUCCAAACCCUAAGGGUUUGGUUCAGGGUCUAAUUUUUUGGAUCCUUAAUAUUAGGGUCCGGGUAGGGUUUAGACCCGGCCGAGACCCUUAAUGCCCAUCCCUAGUGAGGGUUUAGGUCUCGCCCCUAAGGUAUGGGAAACCCAUAUUAUAUCUGUUUUCAGGGGGUUUCAGGAUGAACCCCACUUGUUUAGAUUUUGAAAAUUAAUAAAACCAAACGAUUAUAGGAUGUGACAAGGGUGAGGUUUUAAGUCACCCUUAAGAUAUGGGAAACCCAUAUUAUAUGGGUUUUCAGGAUGAAUCCCACUUGUUUAGAUUUUGUAAAAAUUAUAAAACUAAACUAUAAUAGGAUGUAUUAGCUAAAAAUUUUUAAAUUUGAUUUCCUUGAAAUUUUGUUUUGAGCGGGAAAAGUAGUUAAUUGUAAUUGGCGGGAGAAAUUGUUAAAUCAAUUGUUUGUUGGAUUUUCUAUUAGUUUGUUGAGCUCGAUUUAUUUUCUUUUGAUUUCUGUAGCUUCUAUUGAUUUAUAAAUACAAGUCUCGUGCCUCUAGUAAGAAUAAUGCAAGCACUUAUAUUUCCUCUACGUUCUGUAUUUAUUUCCUUCUUUCCCUGAUCUUCUGCUUCUUUCUUGCUUCGUUUGCCAUUGCACUCUUUUGUCUUUAGCAAGCUCUCAUUGAGCAACUGCUAACAAAAAUAUUAAGUACGGGUUUGGAAUCUAGCUAACCAUACAUGAUACCCGAAUUCAAUGAAGCUAAUGCACCCUAGACAUUUGAGUUUCAUAAAGAACUUGUAACUUUACUAUGAACCAUGUUGCUGCAUUUGAUGCGCUAAUAAUACUUCACAAUAUUUUGUUACAUCAUGUAAGAUGUUGUUCCUCAUGACUAAGAUUCGAGUGCUCUGCAUCAACUUAGACUUUGAUUCACAUUAAACUCUAAGCAUAAUGCAACUAGUGUGUUAACUCCCGGGAUGAACAAGCAACUUCUCUUAUUGAACUUGCAGAAAGAAACAGAUAAAGUAAACUAAAGUUAUGAAUUAUAAAAGAAAAUUGAUGAGUGAGAGUAGUAUGACUACCAUUUUUCUUUUAGAAAGAGUUGAAAGUUGAAACAAUUAAGAUGAAGUACUUGCAUGGAUAUCUGUACAAUUAAAUUCAAGCCGAUUGUAUCUUGUCACGGAUCAGGGCUUGUAGAUUUGAAGUUGGCUGGACACUCAUUUUUCUUGCAAUUCCUACUAUGUACAAAGUUUAAAUGCCUAAGGGUAAGUACCGUUAGAAAAUCAUUAGAUUAACUUUACUAUCUCAGUCAAAAUGUUGAACUUUUAGGGAAGAUCAUUGUAGAUAGAAUGGGUUGUCGAAAUGCGGAUGCUUAGAUGGAUGAGGGGUCAUACUUUGAAGGUUAGAAUUCAAAACAAAGACAUAAGAAAAGUGUGCUCAAAGUUUAAAUGCCUAAGGAUAAUUUCCAUUAGACAAUCAUUAGAUCGACUUUACUAUAUCAGUCAAAAUGUUGAGCUUUUAGGGAAGAUCAUUGUAGAAAGAAUGGGUUGUCGAAAUCCAGAUGCUCAGAUGGAUGAGCAGUCAUACUUUGAAGGUUAGAAUUCAAAAGAAAGACAUAAGAAAGGGUUUAAGUGUGACAGAUAUUGAGGAUGGAUGAGAGAGAAUUAUUUAGGUGAUUUUUCCAUGUGUAGCGACAGAUUCUUGGCGAAACAAUAAGGAUGAUAGAAAAUUGGAAUUUAGGAGGAUUUAAAAGAUGGCAAAGAAGAGCAAGAUGACCAAGAGGACUUGAGUGAAGAAGGAUAUAAAUAACCGUAAUCUACGAGUUGAGAAUAAAUGGGAUCAUAGAUAAUCGGAAGGAAAGAAGGAGGAUAUUUUUGUGGACGGCCAUCGGGAUUGAGUUCUGGUUCAUGUAGCCGACCUGGUUUAAGGCUUUGGCAUUGUUGUUGUUGUGUUCAUCUCUUGUGUCUUUCUUUCUUGCCUUUGCUUUUAGUUUUCUGAUUGAAAAAUGAUUUAUUGAUUUACUAAUGGCUACUA